AUGUCAGGAAUUGGCUCUAAUCUUUAUCCAGGGGACAACCGUAAACGCCUCCUUCUCACGUUCGGCACCGUCGGUAGUCUAGCCAGCAUGUCCUUCGUGUUUGUGAUGCCAGGCAUCUACCUCGCUGGUGCAGUAUUGGCUAUCAUUGGCGUCGUCUGCCUCGGAUCUUCCUUCGUCGUGCUCAACUCGUUUCUUCCCCUACUGGCAGCCAACCACCCUUCUGUCCUUAAUACUCAGAAGGAACGACAAUCAGACACUUUGCAUGACAGCGACAAUAAUCUCGAACUCCAGAUAUCAACCAAAAUCUCGGCGAAAGCCAUUGGACUUGGCUAUGCAGCGGCUUUGCUAAUUCAAGUUCUUGCAAUUGGCGUGCUCCUCUCCAUGAAAAAGAUUUUCGACGACUCGAUCUCAGCCACUGUGCCUCUCCGACUCAUACUGUUUCUCGCUGGUAUCUGGUGGCUAGCUUUUAUGGGUCCCACUGCACUGUGGCUGCGGAAGAGACCUGGUUCGCCAUUAAAGGAUCUAAAAAUAGACGCAAGUCGUACCAAAAUGGGAAGGAUACUUGCACAUGUUGCGUUCGCUUGGUCAAGCCUGUGGUGCACCAUUACCGUUGCGGCUCGUCUCAAGCAAAUGGUCAUCUUCCUUGCAGCAUGGUUUCUGCUCUCAGAUGCGCAGGCCUCUGUUUCUGGCACGGCUGUUCUAUUCGCGCGUACGGAGCUCAAGAUCGGUACUGUUGGUAUCGCACUGCUAAGCAUUACUGUGAUGAUAUUUGGAAUGCUUGGAUCAAGCCUGCUUCCUGUGCUGUCGAAGAGAAUGCGAUGGACGAACAGUCAGACAAUUGUCUUUUGUCUAGUAUUGAUGGAAUUUGUCCCACUUUAUGGUCUAUUAGGUUACCUCCCUUUCAUUCAACGGUGGGGCUUCGGCGGCCUACAAGUUUGGUGGGAGAUUUACGGUCUAGGCGUGAUUUUCGGUACCGUCAUGGGAGGGCUGAGUAGCUAUUGCCGAAGUCUCUUUGGCAGUCUUGUGCCACCCGGGCGCGAGGCCGCCUUUUUUGCGUUGUUCGCAAUCACUGACAAGGGCAGUAGUGCCGUUGGACCAGCUGUAGUUGGUAGAAUUGUCGACGCUACUGGACACAUCCGACCAGCAUUCUGGCUUCUUGCAGUUGUGGUCGCCCUGCCAAUUCCGUUGAUAUGGUAUACAGAUGUGAAUGAAGGACAACUUGAUGCUCGGCGUAUGGCUGCGAGCUUGCGCGAAGAUCAGCGGUUUGGUGUGCAGCUUCGAGCUGUGGAGCGAAGGGAGCAGGCCGAAGGGCUCCUUGAGAAUGAAGGUUGA